AUCGCCGCCCGCCACGGGCACCUGGAGGUGGUGGAGUACCUGCUGGAUCACUGCGGCGCCCGUGUGGAGGAGGGGGGCUCGGUCAACUUCGAUGGGGAGACCAUCGAGGGGGCCCCGCCGCUCUGGGCGGCCUCUGCUGCCGGGCACCUGGGGGUGGUGCGCAGCCUCCUGGAUCACGGCGCCUCGGUGAACCAGACCACGCUGACCAACUCCACGCCGCUGCGGGCCGCUUGCUUCGAUGGGCACCUGGAGAUCGUGCGCUAUUUAGUCGGGGAGCGUGGGGCUGACCUGGAAGUAGCCAACCGGCACGGACACACUUGCUUGAUGAUUUCUUGCUACAAAGGGCACCGGGAAAUAGCACGUUAUUUGCUUGAGAAAGGGGCUGAUGUCAACCGCCGGAGCGUGAAGGGGAAUACGGCCUUGCAUGACUGUGCCGAGUCUGGCAGCCUGGAGAUUCUGCAGCUGCUGCUCCGCUCCAAAGCCCGCAUGGAGAAAGACGGCUAUGGCAUGACUCCUCUGCUCGCCGCCAGCGUCACCGGGCACACCAACAUCGUGGAGUACCUCAUCCAAGGAGAGCUGCAGGAGGAGGAGGCUGCUGUGGAAGCACUGGAGUUGCUGGGUGCUACGUUUGUGGACAAGAAACGUGACCUUUUGGGAGCUCACAAGUACUGGCGAAGGGCGAUGGAGCUUCGGUGUGAGGGGGGGCAAUACCUGCCUAAACCCGAGCCCCGGCAGCUGGUGUUGGCCUACGACUAUUCCCGGGAAGUGAGUUCGCUGGAGGAACUGGAAGCCUUGAUUACCGAUCCUGACGAGAUGCGCAUGCAGGCGCUGCUGAUCAGAGAGCGCAUCCUGGGGCCUUCCCACCCAGACACUUCCUAUUACAUCCGCUACCGAGGAGCUGUCUAUGCUGACUCCGGCAACUUCGAACGCUGCAUUAACCUGUGGAAGUACGCUCUGGACAUGCAGCAAGGCAACCUGGAGCCUCUCAGCCCCAUGACUGCCAGCAGCUUCCUUUCCUUCGCAGAGCUUUUCUCUUACGUGCUUCAGGACCGCUCCAAAGGCACUUUAGCUACGCACUUGGGCUUCUCUGACCUCAUGGGAGUACUGAGCAAAGGGGUCCGGGAGGUGGAGAGGGCUCUUAUGCACGGCAAGGACCCUGUAGUCGACUCGGCGCAGUUCACCAAGACGCUGGCCAUUAUCCUCCACCUCGUCUUCUUGCUGGAGAAGGUGGAGUGCACCCCGGAGCAGGAGCACCAGAAGCGCCAGACCAUCUACCGCCUGCUGAAGUGCAGCCCCCGGGCCAAGAACGGCUUCACUCCUUUGCAUAUGGCUGUGGACAAAGACACCACAACCGUGGGACGUUAUCCCGUGGGCAAGUUCCCGUCGCUGCACGUUGUGAACUUGCUGCUGGAGUGCGGGGCUGACCCGGACAGCCGUGACUACGACAACAACACCCCGCUGCACAUUGCCGCCCGCAACAGCUGCCCACUGAUCAUGAGCGCCCUGAUGGAGGCCGGAGCCCACAUGGACGCCACCAAUGCCUUCAAGCAGACUGCGUACGAGCUGCUGGACGAGAAGCUGCUCACCAAGAGCAUGAUGCAGCCCUUCAACUACAUCACCCUCCAGUGCCUUGCUGCUCGCGCCCUGGACAAGCACAAGAUUCCCUACAAGGGUUUCAUCCCCGAGGAGCUGGAAGCCUUCAUUGAGCUGCACUAG